AUGAUUACAAUGGUACAGAAAGCUGUGGGUUAUUUUAUUAGGGGGACUGAUGAUAACAGUUCCAAAUUUGGUGAGCCAGACAGACCGAGGCUUGAAGAUUUCAUACCCGUUUCACUCUCCAAAGUUGAGACAUGUAAUUUUUAUGGUGUGAUAACAUCAGUGAAUGGGUCAUGUAUUAUUAUCAGUGAUCAUAUAUGCUGUGAUGCUUCAGAAUUUCAAUUUAAGAGAAAACUCAGUCUUAAUGAUAAGGUGAGAGGUGAAGCACGGAGGGCAAGUGAAUAUGAGGCUUGGCAAGUUGUGAAAAUUCAGUUGGUACAGGAAGAGUGGGAUGCUGAUGGUGAAGACAAAUUAGAUUAUCAGAAAAGUGAUGAAAAGGUAAACAAAUUGGGUGAUGCUUUUGUCAAGACAUUUCCGAGCAGCUCAUUUAAGAAUGGAGCAAUACCAUGCAGAGAUCUGGAGGCAGGAAUACCCGGUAUUUUGAAACAGGAUCUGCUUUCUUCCCUUAUGAAGACUAGUCAACCAAAAGAGCCACAAGAACCAUCAAGUAGUAGUGAAGACAUGACAGACAAAUUAGAAGUGCAGCAGACUCUCAUAGGCAGGGUGACAAGCAUAGUAGCUGACACCGUCACGUUAAAUGAAGACAUUAGUUUUAAUCUUUCUGCUGCAGAUUGCACCUGGGAGAUAUUACAAGGGGACUGGAUUAUCUGUGAGGUUGACUGCGUAUCCUCGAUUCAAACUGGUAGUGGAACAGAUCUAAAGGGCUUCAUCCAAAUGUCAUCUUGUAAACCAUUGAGAAAGAAGAGAGUGAGGGGAGAGGUUACCCAUUUAUACUCUACGUAUUUUGUCGUAAACCAAGAGAUCUACUGUACUCGAGGAGUAGCCAAGACAGCCAUAGUGAGAGUAGGUGAUACAGUGACAGUAGAAGUGAUUGAGAGUCAUCAACAUGAGUUUUGCUGGCGAGCUAUUGCCCUGACAUUUGGUUUCCUGUCUGCUACCACCCAGGAGCUGAGAACUACCACAAUAACAAGGCUCUUACUGGAUUUGCCUAAAUGUGGUGUCUCUGUGAGGGGGAGCAAGACCAAGAAUAUUCUGGAAAAUAAGCAGAAUAUUGUCAUUUCUGAGUCACUUCGGUUCCCAACUGUAGCACUGGGAUCCCAGUCCUACAUUAGUGCUUUCAUCAAGAACACUGGAUCAGAGGCCAGAAUUUUAAAGCAAGUUUAUUUUGUCUCUGCCUCACAGGAGUGCCAGUUUAAUGUGAACUGCUGUUCAAGUGGUGGAAUAAUAGAUGGCACUCCUGUAACCAUAGAUCCUGAUAUGGGUGUCAGUGUUAGAUUUGAAUGCACUGGCAAAUUGCUUGGGCUGGUGAAGCAGUUGUGCAUCUUUGAUUUUGGACAUUUCCAGAUAGGAAGAUAUGUCUCUGCUACCAUUGAAGAUAAAAGCAUGACAUGUUUGGCGCCAGUCACUCCUUAUACACCACAUCAAUGGACCAGAAAUCCCUCUCAUUUACAGUUAAAGGAUAGGGAGAUUAUCAAAGGUGAAAAACCCUUCAAAUCUCCAGCUUUCUUACCAACAUCCUUACCAAUGGCUUGCAUUCCCCAGCAUCUGUGGCAAACCCUUGAGAGUGGUAGGGAUAUACUCAGUGUGGCCCCAUCACUUUCAGAACCUCUUACACCAGAAAACCAUAAGGAAAAGCUUUCUGUUUUCUUGCACUUAGAAGAAAUAGAAUUGACACUACAAAUGAGACAAUUUGAUAUAAUGAGGACUAGUUUCUCUCAACAUGGGGCGUAUCUAAGCCUAACUGUGCCUGGACUGAUGGAGAAGCGUCCUUCUCUCAUGAUUGGUGAUACAGUCAUUGCAUCAAACCCUUUUGACUCUAAUGAUGUUGAAUAUGAGGGCAACAUCCAUGAAGUUCUUCACACACAGAUACUCCUUAAGUUCCACCCAACAUUCCAUAAUGAACACUGUGGGAAAGAUUACAGAGUGCGUUUCAACUUCAAUCGCACUCCAUUACGCCGUUGCCAUUUUGCCCUGGACUUUGCAAUGAAGCAGCUUGGACCAGACAUCCUCUUUCCUUCAAAAGUGAAGAUACAGCUUCCCCAGGUGUGCUAUGUGGACCCUGAGGUACCCACUCUGGCCUGCAAGGGGAGAAAGGCACCAGACAGAGUGAUGGAUUUAAACUUCAGUCCUGGAACUGAUAGCACAGUGGCCUUGCCCAUGAAGCAGAUACCAGAAUCCAUGAAUAGGACUAAUAAAAGUAUUGUUAGGCAUGAAUCCCUUACAAGGGUUUUUUAUAGUGAUAUGAAAAGUAAUAAAAAUGAAAAAACAAAAUAUGAAGUGAAGGAGAAUCUUGAAUGUGUAUCCCAUGAGCAGGUAAACUGUGAUGGUGGAGUCUUUGGUGAUGCUUUUGAGGCAAAUAGACAGAAGUGUAGUGAUCAAGAAAAAAAUUGCUUGAAAGAAAACCCUCAGACUAUGGUGAAAUAUCAGCUAAAAGAACUGGAUCAUUUCCAAAUUAAGGAGAAUAAUGGUGCCCAUAAAAUAUCUACGAAAAUGAGGAACCUGGGCAUGGACAAUGGUAGAAAUAAAAUGAUGGCAAAAUGCCACAACCAAGAACUUUGUCUGACACCUCCAAGAAUCCCUGUGGUGACAAGGUUGUUCGGAGUUCCUUCCUCAGGGUCAAGCUCGAAUUCAUCCAUGUGCUGCAGUGAUGAUGAGUCCAGAGGUAGUGUUGUUCAAGAUGAUAAUGUUUCUAAGUUUAGAAGAGUAGAGAGAAGGAAAUUAGGUGCUAACAAAAUUCCUGACACUUGUGACAUGAAAAAUUGGACUAAACGAGAGUUAAAGAAUGAAGGUAGUAUAAAAAACAGCGAACCAAAAUUUUGUAUAUCAUCUGCAGAUGCUCCAUUAGUCACUGCUUUUCCUCCAGCAAAAGAGAUCACAGAGAUCAACAAAGGAGAACAUUCCCAUAACUCUGGACAUGCUCCCUUAAGAAAGCAGCUGCAUGGAAAAGAAAGACAAAACAUACCUGUAAAGAUUGAAGUACAGACAGUAAGAAGCACAAAUUCAGAACUCUCCAAAUCAAGUGGAACUAAUGUAAGGCUCACUGAGACUGGAGACAAGAAGAAAAUAUUGUUUCUACCAAGGUCUCUGGAAUUGAGCUUUUACCAAAAUGCCAAGAAUAACAAGGGAAGAGGAGAUGACAAUCUACUUUGUAUAUCAACAAAAGAAGAAUCUGUCAGGACUCAAGAAGAGCAGAAAUCUGAUAUAGACAAUAACACUUCUGACAUUGUAGAUUGUAGUGGCUGCAGUGAUAAUAUUAACUUACACCAACAGCCACUGAAAAGUCACCGUAUUGAAAAGAAAUUGGUAGAAUGUAAAAAUUUUUAUCGAAAUACUCCUAAUAAUCACCAUUUUUCAAACUCAAGAAAAGAACCCCAAAAUAAUAAGGAUUUUACAGUCAAUCAUAAAUCAGAUGAGGGAAGGAAUGCCUACAUUGUACCUGUUUUACCAGUCCACCCAUUGAGGAAGAAAGGUUUAGAAAACUUGGCACACUUGCCUGUCUUAAAGUGGUUCAAUGAAAACUUAAACCUGGAGCAGAAAUUGGCUGUUCGUAGGGUCCUGGAUGGAACCACUCGUCCUUUACCCUAUGUCAUCUUUGGGCCACCGGGUACUGGCAAGACGGUAACACUGGUAGAGACAACACUGCAGAUCUUGACAAUGAUACAGUAUAGCAGGAUUUUGAUAAUAACCCCAUCCAAUAGUGCAUCUGACCUGGUGGUGGAGAGACUUUUGACUUUUGGGGAGCUGAAAAAGGUGGAUUUGGUUCGAUUAAAUGCUUACCAGAGACUUGAAGACUCUGUCCCCGAAAUUAUCCGUCCAUACUGCUGCAAUGGAGAUGAACUUUCUAUACGUGUUCAUCAGCGAAUCAUUGUGACUACAGCAACUAGCUCUGGUGUGCUCUACACCAUUGGUCUCCACAAUGGCCACUUUAGUCAUGUGCUUGUGGAUGAAGCUGGUCAAUUAACUGAACCAGAGUGUUUGGUGGCAUUAGGGUUGGUGAACAGAGAGUCUGGUCAGCUUGUUCUUGCUGGUGAUCCUCAACAACUUGGUCCAGUGGUACAGAGCAGCUUAGCCAAGAAAUAUGGUUUUCAGCGUUCACUUUUGCAGCGGCUGUGUAACUCUGUCCUAUACCAGCCUCAGGAGGUAGAAAACUCCUCAUCAUGGGUGUACCAGCCUUUCCUGGUGACACAGUUAGUGAAGAACUACCGCUCACACCCAGACAUCCUGACUGUUCCAUCCAGUCUCUUUUAUCACAACAGCCUUCAAGCAUGUGUGGAUACCAAGAUAAAGGAUAAAUUACUGUCAUGGGACGAGCUGCCUUGCCACACGUGUCCACUUCUGUUCCAUGGUGUAGUUGGGGAGAACUUACAGGAAGGAGACUCCCCAUCUUGGUUUAAUGCAGCAGAAGCAUUCCAGGUUGUGCGGUAUACAAAGAGUCUCAUUUUGUUUGGUGUGAAGUCUCAGGACAUUGGAAUAAUUACUCCAUACAGGAAACAGGUAGAAAAGAUCAGAAAGUUAAUAACAACUUUUGGAAUAGCAGAGAAUGUUAAGGUUGGGUCUGUGGAAGAGUUUCAAGGCCAAGAGAGAAGUGUUAUCAUCAUCUCUACUGUCAGAUCAUCUUCUGACUUGAUGGAGGUUGAUGUACGACACAGCCUUGGUUUUGUGAAGUGUCCUAAGCGUUUUAAUGUGACAGUGACAAGAGCACAGGCACUUCUGGUGGUAGUAGGAAAUCCUUUGUUACUCAGCCUCGAUAAUUGUUGGAGAGAACUAAUUAAGUUCUGCCUCCAGAAAGGUGCUUAUCGUGGUCCAGAACUACAUGUUCUUGUCAAUGAAGAUAAGGAAUAGAGGAUUACUCUUAAUUUCACAAAUGUUGAAACAUUUUACUAUUUUUAGUUGGUAUUGCAUUGGUUUAAUGAUAGGAUACUUCCAAAAAUAUCUUACCACAACUGGAUAUCUCUAAUUAUCAUGCCUGCAGCAUUGGUACACAUUGUAUAAAAAAACAAAAACAAAACAAAAAACAGGUUUAUUAUUAUUGGGCCAUAAAUUGUGGUUUAUAAUUGCAGUAUUCUGAUGUUUAACAUUCAAGACUGUGGAUUUAUUAAUUGUAUAUUGUGAGUAUGAAUGUUCCAGAUUUGUUAUGUGAAUUAUUAAGGCAGGUAUAUUGUAAUUGAACAAUAUUCAUUUUGUGGUGAUGCCCUCUAAUAUUUGAAUUUUUGUUUGACCAUUAGUUUAGCAAUGUAUCUCCACACCCUUACUCAGUUGAAGUGAAAGUAAAAAGUAUACACUCAGCUGAGUCUUAAGUGAUGCAGUCAGUCAGUCACUUUAUUGUGUGAAUUGUAUCUAUACCUUUCAUUUUAUAUACAGCUACUUCUUUUAAUUUUACAGUUUACUAAGAAAGUAGUAGUUUGAAAAGUGAGAUGAUAAGUUAUUUGCCGAUAAGUAUGUCAUUGUGGAGUUGGGUAUAUGGAUGAAAACUUAUUUAAAUAGUAAAAUAUUAUUUAGCUUUGGCUGAGAUUGUUCACAAGAAACAUUAAGUUUUAUGAGUCAACCUUGCAGUGUGAAGGUUGUGGCAAUACUGUCUUAUAUCUUGCACUGGACCACACUGCCAUGUUGUCUUGGUCAUCUGCUUGAACAUUUCCUUUUCUUCUUUCUUCUAUUACUUGUUCCUUUAACCAUUAACCCAGCAAUAUUUUUAAGUUACUGUUUUCUUGUGGGUUAAGUAUUUGAACUUUUCUUAGAGGUAAGAUGGUAACUUGUAUGUCAUGUUCAUUCUAAAUUCAAUGUGCCAUUCUUAUACACAGCAGGCUGAUUCAUGUAUAAUAUUUAAAAGAUAUUAUGAUA